UGAUCCCUUGCUUUAGGCACACUAUGCAACAUUUCGGAGUGGUGCGGUAGCUUCUUGUCUUUUCCUUUAUCAAGUUUCGACCUGCGCAGGUCCACACUUGUUUGCAUUUCGUCUGACAGCGCUUGCGAGCUCCUUCAGCGGGACAGUUUAAGUUAGCACGAGACAACGAGACAUCGCAAAGGGGAUGUGUGAUCGCAAACGCGAUAUCAAGCAUUAGCAAUCGUUGCGCAUGCACAUACGCGUGUCAACCGCAGACAUGAGUCACGAUGAUGUUCGAAACCAACCGCGGUUCCGCAUGUAUGACGACGACGACGGACACAAGUCCCUGUUCGAGGCUUUUGUGUCGCACACGGCUAAAGACUUGGGCCCAAUAGAUGAGAACUGGUUUUUCAAGGAGCGAGCUUCCCAAAUAUCAAAGUGCAGCCAGUUCGGGAGCAGCAGCAGUGUGUCAUCAAACCCCUGCACUCCGGUCACGUCUUCGUGCUUGUCUCGAAACGAAAAUGAGACACCAGCUUCUUCCACAAAUACUCCAGCAUCCAUCUGCCAGCGUAAUGCCAGCUUCCUCGAGUGGACUCCCCUUUCGCCUUCUCCAGUUGUGCCAAGUGCAUUCAAAACCCCGCGAGUGCCAAAAUCUUUUCCACAAACCCUUGCGAUAACUAAGAACACACCAAGCCCUCUAUGGUCACCCUCUUUGGAAACACCACCUCUCCGUACUGCUCGAAGCAAACAAGACUUGAAAGUAUUUGCUCCAAGGAACUUGUUUCAUCCGCCAAGAAAAAGCCGGCAAAGUCUGUCAUCUGAAAAUGAAGACAAUUUAGAAGAUGAAAAUUCAAAGACGUUUUAUCUGACAGAGAAGAGAACAUUGACUCGGUAUUGUGGCUCCAAAAAAGAUGUGCCCCUUCGUAAGUUGGAGAUGCAGAGUAACGACCUUGGUGCUGAAGACAGUUUCCAAAAGCAUGUUGAAGGUUGUUGCGAAAUUCCACAAGUCGACUCAACACAUAGAGGCCAGAAUUAUGUGAAAGUGACUCCCAAGAGGCGUGGCUCUCCUGAUGCUUCGAGGUCACGUGAUGUUGGAGCCAGAAUAGAAAAAAGAGCUAACUUUGUCAAUCCGUAUGAUCGCACUGCUCGUAUAAAGCAUCACUUGAAAGAGAAUGGGACUCCUCACAUUCACGUACCUGACAUGACUGUCAUCCCAAACCAAGCUCCUUCUCUCUGCCAGCCAAAGGAGUUCUUAAGACCUAAUUCAAAGUUAGAGAACGUGUCAGCUGUUUCAUCAGUGGUUUUGAGAACUGCUGUGACAAGUCCUCACACUGUAGCUGGGACUGACUCUAGCCCGCGUAGCAAGUUAUUUAGCAGCACAUCAAAGGAAUUCUCGUUUUCUGAAGACAAGAGCGAUGGUGUUUUUGAACGAGCCGAACUCUCGCUCACCCAGAUGUUCGAAGUGGCUGAAAGCACAAUUGCUUGUAUAGAGGCAGCUGAUAUGGGGUUCACCCAAUGUAUGUCUUCGGGAAGUGAAGCUGUGUUGGCCAGUGAUCCUGGCAGCAUCACUAACGAUGCCAAAUCGAAAACUCGUGAAGGUGAAGAUAAUCAGUCACCAGGCAUGCAGCUACCACCAUUGUGCUCUAGGGCCACUCAUGGCAGCCAAUUGGCAUUAUCCGUGAAACGGAAUAAAGAUUUUAAUUAUAUUGAUGUCAAUGACAAGCCUCACACUAUGGGUGCCACUGCUAGAAAUGUCACCAUUUCAUCUGGCUUUAAAACCAGGCCUGGAAAACUAGAAUCAUCACUCAGUUCUGCUAAAGCAAUGCCUGCAAUGUGUGAUGAAGCAAUUAAUUACAAAAAUAUGGAGCCACUGAAGGCCAGCUCUGUUGGAAGCUCAGCAAACCACUGCGACAGAGGAAACCGGCAAGAACCGGCAUAUAUUCAACAAACGGGUGACAUGACAGCUCAACCAUGUUCUGAAGCUAGAUCCAAACAGCCAAGUAAGGAAUCAGUAGGAAAUCCUGCACCAGUGCUUUCUUAUGCUGGUGGAAAUUCAGUAAAGGACUCUAAUGUUACUUUAAUGAAACCAAGAGCUCAACCAGGUGCAAUUAUAUCAGGCUUUGUGACAGCUAGAGGGAAGCCUGUGUACGUGCAGGAGCAAGCACUCAACCUCGCUCAUAAGUUUCUCGCUGACGGUCCUACAACGCUGGUGCAGCCAGUGACAAACGACAGCAAUGUGCCAACAUUCUUCACAACUGGAAUGGGAAAAACAGUGACAGUCUCGGUUGACUCACUGAAACAGUCAAAAAGAGAGCACGGCUCAUUUAAAUCUGGUUUUACCACAGCAGGAGGCAAACCUGUCUACGUGCAAGAGGAUGGCAUUGAUCGUGCUCGCCAAUUUCUUUCUGAAGCUGGUUGGAACACCCCAGGAGAAGAAUUAGCGACAGAUUCUCUGCCUUUGCUGCCAACUGGUGGUGAUGGAAAGACAAUGAAAGCCUUUGGUGACUCAGUAACGAAGCCUAAAUGUCAGUCUGGUACAGUCACAUCUGGCUUCAUUACUGCUGGAGGAAAGCCAGUGCAUGUGCAAGAAGAAGCACUCAGCCACUCUAAACAGCUUUUCGCUGAAGCUUCAUCAGAUUUACCCCAGAAACUGCAGCCGUCAUCGUUUAGAACUGGCACACGAAAAGCAGUGACUGCAUCAGUUGACUCAUUGGAGAAAUCAAAGGAGCAGCAUGGCUCACUUAAAUCGGGUUUCAAGACAGCAGCAGGUAAGGCUCUCUACAUACAAGAAGAAGGCCUCAAUCAUGCUCGUUGCUUACUCCGUGAUGACAUUUGUAGGGUGCCAGGUGAAAAAUCCCAAGAAAAUGCUGUAUCUACGCCUCUUGCUGGUAGUGAAGAAAAGGUUGCAAAGGACAGGGUUAACUCGAAAACAAAGCCAACGGCCCAGCCUGGCACACUCACUUCAGGCUUUGCAACUGCUGGCGGGAAGCCUGUGUAUGUGCAAAAAAAAUCACUCGGCCACUCUAAACAGCUUUUCGCUGAAGCUCCAUCAGAUUUACCCAAGAAACUGCAGCCGUCAUCCUUCACAACUGGCACGCGAAAGGCAGUGACUGUAUCAGUUGACUCAUUGGAGAAAUCGAAAGAGCAGCAUAGCUCACUUAAAUCGGGUUUCAAGACAGCAGCAGGUAAGGCUGUCUACAUACAAGAAGAAGGCCUUAGUCAUGCUUGCCACUUGCUCCGUGAUGACAUUUGUGGGGUGCCAAGCGAAAAAUCCCAAGAAAAUGCUGUAUUUACGCCUCUUGCUGGUUGUGCAGAAAAUGUUGCAAAGGACAGGAUGAACUCGCAAACAAAGCUAACGGCCCAGCCUGGCACACUCGCGUCAGGCUUUGCGACUGCUGGCGGGAAGCCUGUGUAUGUGCAAGAAGAAGCACUCACUCGUGCUCGGCAGCUUUCCUCUGAAUGCCCCACAGCUUCAUCCAGAGCUGUUGUGCAGGAUAACCGUGUACCAACACUUUUCACAACUGGCACAGGAAAAGCAGUGACUGUCUCGGUUGACUCUUUGGCGAAUUCAAAGGAACAGCACAGCUCUCUGACAUCAGGUUUUGCGUCAAGCGAAGGCGAGCCUGUACAUGUUAAAGAAGAAUCUGUUAGUCACGCCCAUCAACUUCGCUCUGAAGCUCACACCAAUGUGGAUGACAGAAUUUCACAGCAGAACGCGAUCCCCACAUUUUUCACUACUGGUUCUGGAAAGAAACUUCAGGUUUCGGCAGAGUCAUUGAAAGCGGCUGAAGUGCUUUUCGAUAAAAAGAGGGACGGUCUGCUGACUGCUCCUGCAGAGGCUAACUCUAAAGAGAACAAAGUCCCCACAAGACCCGCUAACCCAGAAAAUUCCUGCCAUGUUCUUACCAGCUUCAAGACAGGAUCAGAAAAGGCAGUUUCUGUUUCAAAGAAAUCACUGUCAAGUGCUAGAACUACUCUCAAUGUUGAUGGCACUGACACAUCCUCCGGAGGGGGCCUUCAUGGAUCUGAUAGAAGAAGUGACCCAGCUGUAUUAAGUGGAGGUGAAAGCAAUCGAAAGCCCCCUGCCCUUGUCAGCAUAAUGUCAGAUGGCACCAAGAAGACGCAGGAAUCAUUCGAGCCUAACCAAAAGCUUCUGAAUCAAGACGCGAAGAAUUCCACUCCUUCCACUGACAAAGGCCACUCGGCUGUGGACACUGGAACACAUCAGGUGCCAUCAGAGAAAAGGACGCCAGCGUCCGCUCCAGGCAGAUUCAGCCAUGCCGGAACGCCCAUGUUUACUUCAAAGAUGAAGUCUGCAUCUAAGACAAGCUUUGUUACGCCAUUCAAGGCAGUUGUUUUGGGCAAGGCGCAGACACCCAAGGCUGCACCAAUAAUUAUCUGUGGUCCACGCACGUUGUUUGUGGACAAGUCAAUUCGGCCCGGAAAGCUCUGGAUCCUAAGAAGAGUUAUGAAGGCCACUCGGCUGUCUCUUCGAGAUACGCUGCAGGGCCAGCACCCGAAGUUCUACUCAUUGGAUCAGUUGAAAGGCUACGGUGUGCUGGAUUCAACUACCACUAUCAAUUCCCUAAAUGCCGCUGACUUUGUUUUCUAUAUCUCUUCCUCAAACCCCCUUCUUAUAUUGGGAGAUGGAGCCACCAUGCAGCUGGAGUCCACAGAGGCAUAUUUGGGAAAGGAUGAAUUCAGCAGUGCCUUUUUCAAAAUGCCUGGUGUGAACACUACCCUGGUUCCUAAGGGAUGGCUGGAAAAUCAUUACCGCUGGAUUGUGUGGAAGUUGGCAUCCAUGGAGCUGCACUGCCCUCAGGUGUUUGGAGGAAGGUCACUGACACCUGACCAAGUAAUGCUUCAGCUGAAAUACAGAUAUGAUAUUGAAAUUGACAACAGCUGCCGGUCAGCACUUCGAAAAAUUUACGAGAGAGAUGAUGUCCCAAGCAAGACGUUGGUGCUGUGUGUAUCGGCGUUGGAGCACAAGGGAGAUGGUGCUGUACAGUUGGAACUUACUGACGGCUGGUAUAGCAUCCGUGCCGAGUUGGAUGAACCUCUGUUGAGACUAGCUUCUACGGGACGUCUCUUUGUUGGCCUCAAGCUUCUGACGUCGGGGGCCGAGCUUGUGGGCUCCGCCGAGGCGUGCACGCCGCUUGAGGCUUCCUCAGAUGCUGCAUUAAAGCUGAGUUACAAUUCCACACGGCGUGCACGCUGGGACGCUCGGCUGGGUUACUACGCGCAACCGAAGCCAUUCCCUGUCUCCCUUGCCUCUCUGCAUCCCAAAGGUGGCCUCGUUGGAAGGGUGGAUUGCCUGGUCAUCCGGGCCUAUCCUGUAAUGUACCUGGAAAUGCUGCCAAAUAAAAUGGGUGUGAUGAGACAUGAAAAGGAAGAGCUGAUAGUCGCUGCAAAGCACGAAAAAGUCCGAACCGCUUUCAUCGAAAAAAUGACUGCCGAGGUUCUCUCUCAGGUGGAGAAAUCUGACACGGAGGAACUACGGCUUUCUGGCAUUCGGUUGUCGUACUCCGUGAAACAGAUCCAAGGACUGAACUCCGGAAGAGAUAUUUGGAAAGCAAUCAAAAAUUCUUCAGACCCCACGGAAAUUGAGCGACUCCUAAGCGAAGAACAACUUCGUAUGCUGAGGUGCUUCCAGGAGGAACAACUGUGCAGUCGGCAGGCGAUUAUUCAGCAAAAGCUUGAAAGUGCCUUGCAGACAGCCUAUGAGGAAAACAAGUGCCCCAGGGAGAGAGUCGUGAUACCCGUUCUGAAAGUGCUCCUUGGUGGCCUUCAUGAGGCAGACUUGCGCAAGAACAUCUGCUGCCUAAUGUGUGUGUGGAGGCCAACAGACGACACCCGAGAAAUGCUCAAGCAAGGCGAAGCCCUCUCCAUCUACAACAUCAACGUAACAUGUUCAAGGCAAGUGCUGCCUGACAUCCAGAACAGCGCAGUGGAGUUGACGACGACAAAAAUGACGCAAUUCGAGCCAGCAAAAUGCCCCGAUCACGUUCGCAUUUACUACAUGCGACAGGUGACCAGUUUUCCCGUGCUGCUCACAGAGAGUGGCUCACAAGGCAGAGCUGUUGACAUCGUUGGCUUUGUGCUUCGUGUCAGCCACCAAAAAGAAGGCACCGUGUUGACACUGACAGAUACCAGGUUCAACUUCGUGCAACUGGUCGUUAGCAGAAAAGCAUGGGCUGCAGAAGAGAGCAUGAACGGCAAGUUUCUUUCGGCGACAGACGUCACGCUCAGGACGGGUAGUGCAGACAGAAUUGCCACUCUGGAGACGACCGAGUUCUCAGUGCUGACGACUUCCCCUGCAAGCAGCAGUCUCCGCCAUGCCCUUUCAGCUCUCAAGGCCUCCAUAAAGAAUCCAUCGGACUUUGCCACCACCGCCUUGGCCAGGCUUCAGAAACCGGUGCAUGUCAACAGUCCGCAUGUUGCACCAAGACCACCUUGUGCACCUCAACAAACUACAAGGCUAGCUUCACCCGCGACACCUAACAACACUGCACCCGUUGGAGAGCCCGCUCCUAUUUCAAGAACUCCCACUGAGACAAGGCCAUCAGACGACACUGAUGGGCUUUCACUGCCAAAGGGAAAAACUGAAGUGGAGCCAGGUUCACCUGCCGAUGCAUUAUCGAAGCAAAUUCAUGCCAAAAUAGAGUUCCUGCAGCGUUAUGCAGCAUUGGCGCCGAUACCGGUGUUGCCUUCUCCACCUUCUGCCAAAGCGAAAGCGGCUUUUCGCUCUGUUAAAAAGCAGCCCUAACAUCGACUCGAAACAAAAAAGCCCUUCGAUGGAGUUAGACAAAUGACAAACCUUGCUAAGGUGCAUUUGUUGUGUUCCUUGUGGUUUACACACCGUGAGAGCACUUGCACACUUGAGUGUGCUUGUGGAACAUUUACAUAUUAGUUAAUAUGUUAGCUUUACCACCCCUGUUUAUGUUGCAUUACUGUAUAAUAGUAAUUUAUUGCAAAGCUUGGUUCCUGCUACAGAAGCAAUAACUGGCCAACCCUUCGAGAUUAAAGUGUUGUCUGCAUGUUCAUGCUGACAAUGUACAUAUUUUUGCACUUAGUAGUCUAAAGAAUGGUUCGCUUCUAGCACCACAGAAACCAUUUCUCAUCGAGCUAGUCAGAUAUAUUUAUAGCAAGCUGUAAACGUCUGGGAUUGUUUGUAGCAGCAUAUUCUGGCUACUUACUACCAUGUGGUGACUUGUCGUUAGAUUAAAGCACACUGAGCUGGGUAGUUAAGCAGGGUUGGAUUUUAAAAGUGAGAUUUUUUUUUCAUGCUGAAACCAUGUAGCAUACUUUGUGUGAUAUAUUUAUAACUUCAAAAUCGUCAUCCCAACAGGAGCUGUCUUCACAAGUUGGUUUCACAGAGAAAAGUGAAAGUACACUAUUGAAGUCGAUCAACUAGUACAAAAUUUUUUCUGCCUGUUUUGAUUGCACAGGCAUAGUCACGUGGCCAACUCUAUGCAAUAUCAGGUAUUCUAUUAAGAUGGCAGCUGCC